AUUCCCCAGAAGAGUUGACUCGCUCUCAGCUCCCUUGCCCUCCUUUGUUAUUACUCACAGUCUCUUUCGCCGAUUGACAAACCGUGGGUUUGCUCUCUUAUCACUAUUGUUUUCAUUUUUUCCUCUCAGCCACGGCUCGCUUCAGGUUGGCGCUUCUGCCAAGCACCCUUCCUGGAAGCUGCAUCAUCGCUGCGCUGUCCCCUCCAAGCGCGCGCUCGCUCUCUCCCUUCUGCUCCAACGCUCCUCACCUCAGGGGCGCUUUGCUCAACAUCCGGUUACGUUGAAAUGCUAGAGUACUUCGUACAGUAUGACCGAAACAAAAAUGCAGUUGGAAGAUUGUAUGUGUUUGCAGCCUUUGCUGGCUCUUUUCCCCUCCCUCGGUUAUGCCGGAGUUCUCGCCCACGACUGUCAGCGUGAUACUGACCAUGCUUCGCCUUGAUCAGGGCUGGAUGACUUAUGCGUCCGGUUUAUCAUUAACUUACCUCGCGAAGAGUUGGAAUCCGUCGAACGGAUAUGUUUCCAGGUGGAAGAGGCGCAAUGGUUUUACGAGGACUUUAUCCGGCCGUUGGAUCCGGCUCUUCCCUCGCUGUCGCUCAAGGCGUUCGCGCUGAGGAUUUUUCAACAUUGUCCGCUCAUGUCGCAAUGGUCUCAUUAUCACCACAUCACCGCGUUCUCGGAAUUCUUGGCCUACAAGACCCGUGUUCCCGUCCGCGGAGCCAUCAUGCUGAACUCGGACAUGGAUGAGGUGGUGCUGGUCAAGGGCUGGAAGAAGGGUGCCAAUUGGAGUUUUCCUCGCGGCAAAAUCAACAAAGAUGAGAAGGACUUGGAUUGUGCUAUCCGUGAGGUCUAUGAGGAGACCGGGUAUGACGUUCGCGAAGCCGGGCUGGUCAAGGAUGAAAAGGACGUCAAGUUCAUCGAGAUCACCAUGCGUGAACAGCACAUGAGGCUGUAUGUCUUCCGAGAUGUGCCUCGUGAUGCGUACUUCGAGCCUCGUACGAGAAAAGAGAUCAGCAAGAUUGAGUGGUACAAGCUAUCGGAACUACCGACGUUGAAGAAGAGUAAGCAACAGGAUCAAGGAUUUGCGGUCGCAAAUGCGAACAAGUUCUACAUGGUGGCGCCGUUCAUGAACCCGCUCAAGAAGUGGAUCGCCCAGCAGAAGAAACUUGAUCCGAAGACUCAUGUCGGGAUCAAGCAGGUGUUGCAGAAUGAAGGGGAGAUCUCGAUGGAUGAACCCCUCGCUACUCAUAAUGGCAUGACCCCAAUCCAGGCGCCUGUCGAGAUGGCUGCCCCGAGCACAUUGCCCGAGGUUACAAACUCUCAGGAUGCUUCGGUUCAUUUAAAACGUCUUUUGAACAUCAACGCUGCCGCUGUGCCGCAAGGUCCUUCCCUUGUGAAACCACCGCAGACCUCAGGUCCCGACAGCUCAAAGUCAAAUGCUCUCUUGGAGCUCCUCAGGAGUGGUUCUUCUCGUGGACCCGCACAGCAAGCCUCUCCAAGUUAUGAACAGACAUCGCCACCUCACGUUACGGCGGGAGCUGAUCCCUCGCAACAUCAACCUUAUCCUGCCGCCCCAUUGUUCCCUGGCUUCCCUCAGCAAGACCAACUUCACGGACCGCUUGAUAAACUGCCACAGCUACCCACUCCGUCCCAGUACGGAUCCAUUCCUCACCUUCCACCUGGCACUACUCAUAUGAACCCACAUGUGCCUCCCGGUGUCAUUGCCCAAGGAUUCUCCAUGAGCCCUCACGGUCCGCCAGGAGGACGCCAGGAUAUCCCACCUUUCGCACACCGUCCGCAUCCCGCACAAACUUAUCCUGAUGCCGCUUUGCCGCCGAUUCUGCCAAUGGCGCCUCCUGAGGCCCAGGGCCACGCACCGGCUCCCUAUCAGCGAACUGGAGAUCCUCAGUUCUCUCAACAAGCUCAGCCUACUCAUGUUCAAGGAGCUACUGUGCCUCACGCCAGUAAGCUGCCGCCGCCGAAGCUAACAAGCCAUUCAUUGGCGCUAUUGAAUGUGUUUAAGGACGAUACAGCGAAAACACCCAAGACUCCCAAAGCCACUCUGGCAGCGACUUCGCAGACGGCACCCGUCAGCGGACGCAAACCAUCACAACAUCAGGACCAAUUGUUAAGUUUGCUCAAAGACUCGCCCAGCGCUCCCGCUCCCGGUCCGGUGGAAUUGUCAGCUCAUUCGGUCUCUCCCUCUCGGAAGCGAAUCCUUCAACGCCCUCGUGAUAAUACCAGGCCCCAGGAGCCCGCAACUCAUGCCGGGGCACCUGUUCCGGCGCCCAGCACAUUCGCUCCAAAGCCGCCUGGCAAGAAAACGCAAAAUGGGCCGAACCGAAAGACGAACAAGGAAAGAAAAUCGCAGAACCUUGCUUCGCCUAUAACCAUAUUGCCCAGGCCGCAAAGUGCCAAAAAGGAGCAAACGCCCACGCCAGUUGCAGUGAACCAGUCCUCGCGGAACUCCUCUCGAUCUCGUCCCGACCAGAAGAUAAGGACUCCUGAGCCCUCGAAGCCAUUCCAGCCUCAAAUCCUUCGCCGGUCUGAAAACCUUGACAACAUUCUCCCAGUACGAACGAAGGCUACGCCCGACCCGGAACAGAGUGGAGCCGGCCAAGAAGCAAAAAUUCAAGCCGGGGAUGGACGCCGCCCAAGUCAUAAUGCGUCUCAGAGGGAUACCUUGCUCUCGCUUUUCGGCAAAGCAAGUGCUUCUCCUGCGCUGUCUCCUUCGGGACAACUUCACCUCCAGACAGCUGUCCCUCAACCCUCGGGGAGCUCCUCCGUCGUCAGCCCUCUUUCACCUCUUAAUCUCCCUACCGGAACUGCAACAAAUUCCGGGGUACCAAGCUUGGAUAUCAACCCCAGCAGAAUUGCGUCGCCUGAUAACAAGGCGUUUCUAUUGGGAUUCUUGGAGGGUGUCGCGAAAGGCAACAAAUAAUCGCACCUUUAAUUUGACGUUUUGCGUUGUUCAUCAGGGCUGGACAGGAGAGAGAUAAUGUACUUAAAUAGCAUACGAUCACACAAUAGCCGAGGAUUCUCGCUUUCGUUCCUUGAAUGGCAAAGCCUAUUUUAUAUUACUCUAUGUCCUUGCUGCAAGUAUGUCAAUUGACUCUUAUAAUCUGCAUUCCCAGGCCACCCAUUGUAUGCAUUCGGGCUUCUGAGGCGUUCAGACGACCCUGCAAACUCACCACUUAUAUCGUACAAGUUUCUGGAUUUAAUUGAGGCUCAGGACUAAACUGUGAUUUGUUUCCAACUAUCGAUAGUGUGGUAUUUGCGACGGCUAGUUUGAACGUGGAGUGAGUUGAGUGAUUUGAUGGGCUGAAAUUUGUAGAGUUAUAUAUCUUGGGUUUCAGGCAACAUUGGAUCCUGGAUUUACAUCAGAUCCAUUCCGCAACCAUGGACUAUUUCCGACAUCCACUUAGUUAGUAGAGUUGACGUAUUACUACCGGGUGUCGUGCUAGCGAUGGGUGCGUCCAUGUGCUUCCUUCGGUG